AUGGAUGCUGAGGACCAUUGGUUCACUUCAUCCCUAGUAAUACCAUUCCAGCUCAAGAUGUUCAUCCCCAAAGGCAACUUUGUGAGGGCAAUUAUGAAGCGGUAUGUGGCAGAGUUACUUAGGAGCCAGAAAGAGUCCCUGGACACUGGACAGAUGGCGUUUACUUUGGCCCAAAUUGAGUCCUUGGAGAUUUGCCUGAAGGAAGCAGAAGAAAAAGCUAAAGCUUUAUCUGAACAGCUUUCAGUCUCUGAAGCAACAAAAUCAAAACUGCUUGAGCUAAUUCACUGGCUAAAGAAAAAACUAGAAACUGUGGACCAUAAUGAAGCCGGUGGGGAACUGUUUGAAAAUAUGGUUCUUGUGAAAGACCAGUGCAUUGAGAAAUUGCAAGCUGAAGUAAAAGCUUCCCAGGAGUAACUUGUAGCCCAGGAAAACAUGUAAAAACUAAAGCAUGAAAAGAGAGUGAAAAAGCUACCUGAUUUGGCAACAGCUAAGCAAGAGGCUGCCCUCACAGUCCUGGAACUCAAUGAGAAUACUCUAUGUGAAGGAAAACCAGCCCCUAGAGAAGACAACUCACUGGAAGAGUUCUGUGGUGGUCUCCCACCUGUGGAAGAAGGUGAUAGAAAAAUCAGCCUGAUUAUGAAGCUGUCGACCCAGCUUUCCCUUCAGACUGAGAAGAUCACUCAGCUGGAAAAAGUUUUAGAGGAAAAGGAAAGGAAGAUUCAGCAACUGGAAGCUGAGCAGGAGCUCCAUCCUUCACAAGAGCUUGAGGAGCCUCCAGAAUGUUUACAAGAAGUCCCAAUGUUUCUUAAUAAUAGUGUCACUUCUGUGGUCUCUGACGAAGAUUUAUAA